AUGACUUCAAACUCAGCAGAUUCCAAAAAAUUUCAAGAGAUGUUUCAGUUUUUACAAUUAGGUUUUAAAAAUGCAUCAAAGCAUGAUGAUGUUGUUAGAUGUUUAAAUACAGAUAGAAUGACAGAGACUCUGUGCUGUGAUUCAGAGAAAUGUGAAAAUAAUAGUACAUGUGUACCAAGAAAUACCAGUCUCCUUCAGAAGGUAGACAUCGUUAACAGGAUAGAAGAUGAUCCAUGUGACACAAUUGAAUUUUCAACAACUGUUAAUUAUUCAUCUGGCAUAAGUUCAGUUAAUCAUCGUAUUUUAAGGAAAGAUGUUAAUUUUAGUUGUAAUUGUGAUAUAAUGCAUUGUCAACAAAACAAACAAAUUUCACAAAGUUAUUUGUGUUCUAUACAUAAUUUAUGGAAAAUUAGAACAGAUAAGAGGUUGCCGUUAUUAAUUACAAAAAAAGUUGGUACACAGUGGAGAAAUUGUUUCUGGAGAAUAUUUUUAAUUCCUUUUGUUAUUUUGUUAUUAUGCACAACAAUAUGCAGUGCAGAUUCCAAUCAAUGUGCAGUUGGCUUGAAAACACCUGGGAGAACUUGGCCACAAGGUGAUAUUGUUCUUAAAUAUGGUGAACCUUUGAGAAUACUUUGUAUACUAAAUCAAACAUUUGUGGAUGCUGAAUUUCCUGGCAAAAAUAUCUCAGAUCUGGUAUUUCUUCGUAACCAAAAAGAAAUGGAACCACAAUUUAUCACAAUUAUUAAUGAAACUACAAUAUCAUUGGAUGUAGAAAUGCCUCCACCAGCAGAUGAUAUGUAUUACUGUAAAUUGAAAUUACAGAAUAAGCAAUUGAUAUCAGUUUGUUUAAAUAAAGUUGUGGUUGGGUUUACACCUCAAGAGCCUCAUAACUUCAGUUGUGUAUCUCAUAAUUGGGAAAAUAUAACAUGCUCAUGGGAACCUGCUCAGAAUUAUGUUACAACGACAUUUAAACUUGUAUUUAAAUUGCCAGGGAGGGCAGGAGGUAGAAAAUUAUAUCCAUGUCCACAGAAAAAUGAAAAAUUAACUACAUGUUUAUGGGAUACAUCUACUAGCCCAAUUUAUCGACAGCCUUAUGAAUAUUAUACAUUUAUAUUAAAUGUACAUAACGUUCUAGGAAAUGCUAGUUUUACAUAUAAAUUUCAUCAUUUUGCUCAUGUUAUUCCUGCAAAACCAGCUAAUUUAUCAGUUAUUAAUAAAACGUCUGAUAGUGCAUUAUUACAUUGGAGUGUGCCUUUUCCAAUGCAAAAUUUUCCACCUGGAUUACAUCAUAGAAUUACCUAUCAAAAUCAAUGGGAUCAUCAGAAAACAUGGCAGGUAAUCAAUAUUGUAAAUGAUAUUCACAUGUAUAAAAGAUACUAUAAUCUUACUGGAUUAGAGUAUGCCAACACUGUAUAUGAUGUACGUGUUUUUAUGAAAAGUUCUGUUGCAACUGGAGAAGAUAGAUGGAGUCAAUUUAGUGAUGUUACUUUUAGAACACCACCGAGAUUACCUGGCCGUCCUCCAAAAACCGAUAUUGGAAGCUUUGAAAUAGCGGAGAACAGUGCUGGUAGAGACGUAUAUUUGUACUGGCAACCUAUACCACAAUACUUAGAAAAUGGUGAUAAUUUCAAGUACGAAGUUGAUCAUGUAGAAGAAAAUGGUCGAAAAUUGUCACUUGUUCCGAACGAAACUACGAGAACAUAUGCUAAAUUUAAAGGAAUUAGUUUCAACAAUUAUAGAUUCGAAAUUGUUUCGACAAACAUUGUUGGCACAAAUAAAGAACGUGCUAAAAUUUUUGUACCUAGUCAAUACGAAAUACCACAUGAACCUAUAGCAUUUACGAAAAUUGCGUUUGAUGGAGGAUUGUAUGAAUUAUCUUGGAAACCACCCAUUAUGAAUACCAAAAUCACAAAUUAUACAAUUUUUUGGUGCGAUAAUGAACGCGAUCGUCCUUAUCAGUGUACUGGUUAUCUAGACUGGGUACAUGUAUCGAAAAAUACAACAAUUUAUAAUAUGACUGUACCAGAUUCUGACAAAGUAUAUCAGUUUGCGAUUUCUGCAAACACGAACAAAGGUAGUAGUGGCAUGGUAUGGGCAUCAUGUACUGUAAUACAUAACAAAGUUGUUGGAAAAAUGAAGUCUGUUUGGAUAAAUCGAAUUGGUUCUGAUUUUAUUGAAGUUGGUUGGAAAUUAGAUUGUUCAGAUCGCAUUGGAAUAGUAGAAGGAUUUAAUAUUUAUUACUGUCCUAUUGUCUCACCAUAUAAUCUGAAUUGUAAGGGACCGAAACUUAAUACAACGAUAAAAGCCGAUCCUCAUAUUAUUCAUGGCAUCGUAAAUAACUUGAAACCAUAUACAACAUAUAUGCUAGCCGUCGCUGUUUUAACAAAAAGUGGAGAAGGAUUACACAGUGAUCCUUUAUACAAUACAACUCUUGAAGCUGCACCAACAACUCCACCGCAAGACAUAAAAAUUAUUAAUGUAACAAAUACGACAAUGUACAUCACUUGGAAACCACCAGAUGCAAUGAAUGGUGUAUUGCGUUAUUAUGAAGUUUAUUAUAAUAGACAUGCACAAAAAGUUGAAGAAGCAAAUCACGUUGAAUUAAAAUACUUGUUGCCGUAUACAAAUUAUAACAUUAGUGUAGCAGCAUGUACUGUAUCUUGCAGUGUAAAAUCACCUAUCAUUCAGAGAACUACGAAAGUCGGAAUACCGGGAGAAAUUAAUUUACCUGUCGUACGCUUUAUGAAUUCUAGCCAAGUGUUUGUUAUCUGGAAUAAACCCCAAUAUCCUGCUGGUCAUUUAAAUUAUUAUGAAAUAUUUUCAAGCGAUGGUGAAAUACAAAAUAGUACUAGAACAGAGGCUCAAUUACCUAUUCCUGACUGUAAAACUAUAGGACGAGAAAGAUUAUAUCAAUUUCGUGUAAGGGCUGUUAAUAUUGCAUCAAAUAAUGAACACUUAAGAGGUCCUUGGUCUGAAGCUGGUGAGGGAAAUUGUUAUAGUGAUGGACCAUCAUUCAGUGUAUGGGUUAUAAUAUGGGUGAUAGGAGGUGUUAGUAUUGUGGCAAUUCUUCUUUGUCUUGCACAUAUAUCAAAGAGAAUGUGGUUAAAGUGCAAAGCUAUGCAAGAUGUUGGAGUUAAAUUACCACCAGGAUUAGCACCAAAUAUGAAGCUUCUUCAAAAAGUAGGCGAGCAACAUAUAAGACAAUCUUCUGCUGAUUCUAGUGGUUGCUCAAGUGGGCAAGAAUCUGUUACUUCUUCACUAACAUCAGACUCACAGGUUUCAAGUGAUAGUGGUACAGAGAUAGAUCCGAUGCCGGUAUCACCAAAUAAGUUGCUUGAAACACUACCAGCUUGGGAAUCUUCAAGUCUUCGUCAAAGAAAUGUUGGAAUUACUAGGCCAGGAUUUACAACAGAAACAGCACGCUGGGAACCAUACGUAAAAGUUGCAAAAUCCGGUGAGCCCAUCAUCGGAGACACAUUAUCUUUAGCACGAUCUACACCUAAUUUAACUGACAGUACAGGCUAUACUACUUCGCAACAUACUUGGUCUUCAACUGGUUAUGUUAGUAUGCCAUCUUCAGAAGAAUUAUCCAGUAACCCAAGUCCUGUUCCAAAGGAAACUUCAACUGCAGGUGGAUAUAGUACUAUAGGAACAAUUCCUAAGUCUGUAAAAUCGAAAUCUGAGGAUGAUAGUGAUUUAACAGAAUCUACUGCGAACACGCUAAUACCUAUAAAAUCAGAAGCCAAGCCUACAAACCCAUAUAUAACUUUAGCAUCCUUGGAACAGAAACAAAAGGAUAAGAAAACUAUUGAUACUUUACGUGAUUUAGAUGAGUUAACAUUUGCUGAAUCGAACAAACCAAAACUAGAAUCUUUGACUCCAUUUUCAACUUCUGAUAAAGCCUCUAAACCAUAUGUGCAAACAGGUUUAAUUGAUUCACUGAAGAAGCCGUUCACUUUAAGUAGUAUCGAUGGUACAAAGAGCACGACAAUGUCUACUCCAUUUGCAGUUACAUCUUUAACUGAUUCGUGCAAUAAACCGUUCGUUUCUUCUUUUGCAAGCCCAACCACUUUAACAUCGACAUUGGAUUCCUCGUCGAAACCCUAUGUUUCUGUGUCUUCAAUUCCUGAAGUGUCUAAAAAGUCAAAUCUUCAAACAGGUACCUUAGAGUCUUCACAGAAGACUACCGUGCCUCAAACUUCUACAAUUGAUGGUUCACAGCCAUACGUCCUCGCGAGUUCUGUAUUCCAAAUGCUGCAACAACAACAAAGAGGAAAAUCGGAAACUCCUAUUUCAGAAGUGAUAGAUGACGAAACAGAACAGGAUGUUACAACAGUGUAUCCUCUAUGUUGGCAGACCAGUGGUAUAAAACCAAACUCGAAGUUGGACGUGGACAAAUCAAUUAUCACGACUAAACAGAGUACCGGAUAUGUUACCAUAGCAGAAAACCCAAAGCUAGAUCAACAUAGAACGUCGACAUUGUCAUCGCCGUAUGUACAGCAUGAGAGGUUUGAAAAGCCACUGCCACAAACUACUACUGGACAGUCAGAUGAACAAUAUAGUAAAGUGACUGUUGUGCCAAGUACUAUUUAAUGAAAAAGAAAAGGUGCAAACGUAUCAAUUGUGGCAGUGUAGCUUGUGUAUUUUGUCACUGUAUAAACUUCCUCUAAUGUAGGAACGUUAUUUCAAAUGAACUAUGAUGGUGCAAUACGAUUUCACGUUUGUAGGUGCUUUCAAAAUAUAGUCGAUGACAAUUAAAUCCUACAUUUGUUUUAACAAAUAUGGUAUUUAGGUCGAGGGCCUGAAAAAUACUAAAUUAGAACAUGAAACAUGUAUCUCAGAGAUGAAAUAAGGCAUACGAACAUCGCGAUACUCCGUCGACACGUGUUUACGUUGAUAUGUUUAAAAUUUUAGUGUUUUCUAGGAUCCUAUACCAAACAGCAUAAUUCGAUGCUGGGUCAACGACUGAAAUAAAAAAAAAAAAAAAAAAAAAAAAAAAAAAAAAGGAAAAAAAGGUAGAAAAGCGAAAAUUAAAAAACGAAGAAUGUCGUAUACAAUGAUAUAUUCGACACGAGGGCACAUCGACACCUCAUUUGUGAAAGUAUGUACAAAAUGAAUUACUUUUGUAUCAUAUACAUUAUCGUGCAAUGUGAUGUAAAAAUCACUAGCAACGCCAUAGCGUAAGGAUUAUAGAUUCUAAGUAAAUUAUGUGGCAUAUACCCAUCGACAAACAACU